ACGUCGCCUGCGUGUGCGAUUUUGAGGAAAUUGGCGGGGCAAACAGCCUACUUCGAAAACAUUAACCCAGCCUCUCUUUUUUUACUUCUUGAGUUUAAUAUCGCCAACUAACUUGUUCAAGUGUUCCUUUUACAAAAAUAAUCUCCAGACAUGAAUGGAAACGGUGACGUGGAGGAGCUUGGUGACAAGCUGGACAAGUUUUUGUCCAUGGAGGAGGAGGACAACAUGGAAGUCUACCAUAGACACAUCCAAGACGGAAAAGAUGCGGCCCGACAGGGAGAGAUGAACAAAGCUUUGGAGCACUUCAAGAUGGCCUGCAACAUUCACCGCAGUGACAAGCUGCAGAAGCGAAUUGGGCAAAUUGAGGAGUUUCUGGCACAGAACCUGGAGGAUGAGAACGACGACGAGUAUGUGGACGUCAACAAGAGCGGUCUAAAGCUGUACAAGGAGCUUUACGACAAACUGUAUAACUACCAAAGGAACGGCGUGGCCUUUUUGUACAGCCUCUACAGGGACGGGCGCAAAGGUGGGAUUUUGGCAGAUGACAUGGGCCUGGGCAAAACCAUCCAGGUCAUUUCCUUCCUGUCGGCAAUGUAUGACAACGAGUUGAUCAAGCACACCUUGCUGGUCAUGCCCACCUCGCUCAUCACCAAUUGGAUCAAGGAGUUUAGCAAAUGGACUCCUGGAAUGCGGGUCAAAGAGUUUCACGGCGCCAGCAAGGCAGAGCGGACCAAGAACUUGGACAAGGUCCAGAGGAGGAGUGGCGUGAUCAUCACCACGUACACCAUGCUAAUGAACAACUGGCAGCAGCUGUCGUCCUACCAGGGCCGCGAGUUCAAAUGGGACUACAUGAUCUUGGACGAGGCCCACAAGAUCAAGACCAGCACCACCAAAACCGCCAAGAGCGCCUCCGCCAUCCCGUCCAAAAACCGAUUGCUGCUCACCGGCACCCCUGUCCAAAACAAUCUCCGUGAGAUGUGGGCUCUCUUCGACUUUGCCUGUCAAGGAACUCUGCUGGGCACGUCCAAAACCUUCAAGAUGGAGUACGAAAAUCCCAUCACCCGUGCCCGGGAGAAGGACGCCACUCCGGGGGAGAAGGCCCUCGGGUCCAGGAUGUCGGAGAACCUCAUGGCCAUCAUCCAACCGUACUUCCUGCGCAGGACAAAGGCUGAAGUGCAGAAGAACAAAGACCACGCGCGAGCCGCCGGACAGUCUCAGAGUGCAGAGGAGAAGAAGGAUAAGGAGUCUGAGGAUCAGAAGGACUGCGGGGUCAGCAUGCCCACACUGACCAGGAAAAACGACCUGAUCGUGUGGACGUACCUCAGUGGCAUCCAGGAGGAGAUCUACUGGAAGUUCAUUUCUCUGGAACACAUCAAGGAGCUGCUCAUGACAUCCAGGUCGCCUCUUGCCGAGCUGACCAUUCUGAAGAAGCUCUGCGACCACCCGAGGCUUCUCUCUGCCAGGGCCACCUCCACCUUGGGUCUCAGGGAGGCCCGGCAGAGCAACGACGACGACGAGAUGGGCAGUCAGAGUAUCGCCCACGUUCCCGACGACACUCUGAUCGCCGAGUCCGGUAAACUGGCUUUCCUGAUUGCUCUCCUCAAGCGUCUGCGGCACGAAGGCCACCGCACGCUGGUCUUCGCCCACUACAGGAUGGUGCUGGACAUCCUCCAGCGUAUCCUGAAGAACCAAGGCUUCAAAGUCCUGCGGCUGGACGGGACCAUCACGCAGGUGGCGGAGCGAGACCGACUCAUUACCCUGUUCCAGACGGACAACAGCUACUCCGUCUUCCUCCUCACCACCCAGGUGGGUGGUGUCGGCAUCACCCUGACGGCGGCCGACAGGGUGGUCAUCUAUGAUCCCAGCUGGAACCCAGCGACCGACGCCCAGGCGGUGGACAGGGUGUACCGCAUCGGCCAGACCAAGAACGUGGUCAUCUACCGACUCAUCACGUGCGGCACGGUGGAGGAGAAGAUCUACAGACGGCAGGUCUUCAAGGACUCGCUGAUCCGGCAGACCACCGGCGACAAGAAGAACCCUUUCCGCUACUUCAGCCAGCAGGAGUUGCGGGAGCUCUUCAGCCUGGAGGACACCAGGUCCUCCUCCACGCAGCUGCUGCUGCAGUCCCUGCACGCCAAACACCGAAGCACUGACCCCGACCUGGAAAUUCACCUCGUCCACCUCCACGCCAUGGACAUGUUCGGAAUCUCCGAUCACGACCUCAUGUUUUCCCUCAACGUGGACCUCGACGAGGACCUACAGGACCAAGAAGAGCAACAGUACAUUGAAGGGCGGGUCCAGAAGGCCCAGGAGCUGGUGAAGGCCGAGUCGCAUCUGCAUAUGCAGUUUGCAACCAUCUUGGAGUCCACUACCGAGCCGGCGCGGAGGCGAAAGUCGGCAAGUGAGCGUGAAGAACCCCCGAAGGAGAAGAAAUCUGGCAAGCGCAGAUCCAGUCUCACUUGUUCGCCACGCCACGGCAGUUCGUCACCGGCCCGGGCGGACCCGGAACGAGCGAGUGACUGCAAGAAGGGUCCGAUCGAUCUCACUCGGGAUGAAAGCUGGUCCGCGGGGAAUCAAGGAAAGCUCAUGAAGGAGAAGAGUCAGCAAGGAGGAGGUAAGGGCAGUACGACCCAUGAUGGAGAAGUCGCAGCCUUUUCCAAGGGAGUAAGGAGAGUUUCUCCGGAUGCUUCGAUCCACAUCAGCGACAACGAAGACCUGAACCACUCAAAUUUGGACGGCAGUCCGAUGAAACCCCUCCAGAGCAAAAGACUUUCCGCCCUGCAGUCAUCCUCGACCAGUUUAAGAAACAACUCCUGGUCGCGCGCCAGCGGCUCAGAGCUGAUAGAAGGGAACUUCAACCUACAGUUGGAGGAGAGCGAGCUCUCCGACCAGGAUGAAGAGAAGAAGCUUCAGUCCCAACUGGGGCUGGAGGAGAAAGACAUCCUGUACCAGGAUAAGGAAACGAAGCUCCUGUCCCCGAUUCAGCCGGACAAGGAGAGCGACAUCCUGUACCAGGAUAACGAUGAUGAGGAGGAGAAGCUGCUGUCACAGCUUCAGAUGUCAGGAACCUUCGAUGUGGGCAAAUCCCUGACGGAGAGGCAGCUCGGACUCGGCGCCAAGUCCGACGUCUCCGAUACGGACGGGUCUCUUAUCGCCACUACCAAGAGGAAGAAGAUAGUGCCUAUCAUUUAUGACAGUGAAGAAGAAGAAGUCGAGGUGGUGGUGGGCGAGGAGGUCAUACCGCAGUCGUCGAAGGCCGCGUUCAAAAACCUCCCGCCGCAUGGAUCAUCCACCCCCAAAUCCUCAUCGCUCAUCGGCUCUCGAAAGAGCCUCCGGGAGAACGUGUCGGUGGCCUCGCGCCGCUCCUUCGCGCGCUCCAUCGUCCGAGACCGCAAGAGCGGGGAGGAAGAUGCCAGCCCUCGGACGGAGGACACCACCGGAGAGCCCCUAAAUACAGACGAAGAAGUCGUCGAAGAGGAAGAAGUGGAAGAAGUGGAGGAGGAGGAAGAGGAGGAGUUGGAUCCCCGGAGCAGUCGCCUGGAAGAGGCGACCGGCGAGCCAGAGCUGACGUCCUCCGAGAGGCUCGAGCAGUGUGCCGCCAAGGAGGAGGGCGUCGACGGCUAUGAGUCGCUGGUGACGCGAGGCCGCGAAGCGUUCAACCGAGGGCAACUCGGCGAGGCUCUGGAUUUGUUCCUCAAGGCUCUCGACAUCAGGCCCGGAGAUCCUGAGAUCCAGUUUUUGACCAUCCAGCUGUACAGACAGCUCAGUCGCUCGGAAUAGGAACUCUCCUCAGAACUCUGAUGCGUUCAAAUGUUCAGUACGUACGUGUUUGCUGUUUUAGUUGGUUUCAAAGCACAGACGGCUCGUCUUCUACAAAAUGAGCGGAUAAGAUUUGUCAUCUGACAGGAAGGAGCUCAGGACAAAAAAAUAAAAGCAUUUUGUAUGGUUCCAA